AUGAAGUGUGACACAGUGUGGAUGUGCGUUUUUCUCCUGCUCCUAGAUGAAGCAAGCUCCUGGGAUGACCCCUCAGUUCUGUUCAUGGGCCUGGGCGAGGCUCCGGGAUCUCAAAACGCCGGGUCUAGAACCGAUGAUCAGCCAGAGAGGGUGGACUGCAUCCAGGCGACUGAGAUGUGCAACCAGAACCCUUCCUGCAGCUCUCGGUACCGAGUGAUGCGCCAGUGCCUCGUGGGCAAGGAGAAGGAAGCCAUGCUGGAUAACAACAGAGACUGCCAGGCGGCCUUGGAAGUGCUGCUGGGGAGCCCUCUGUACGACUGCCGCUGCAAGAGGAGCAUGAAGAACGAGCUGCAGUGCCUACAGAACUACUGGGCCAUCCACAUGGGACUCAACGAAGGUGGAGAUAUGGAGGACUCAUCUCCAUACGAACCUGUUGCCCCCAACCGGCAGCCUGAUGUUUCCCGCUUGGCAUCCAUCUCUUCAGGGUCCAACUCCUGA